AUGGUGAAUAAAAGAAAAGAGAGGGAAAGUGAAGAAGGAGUGGGAACUAAGAACACUGAAGAAUUGAGCAAUGAAUGGGAGCAGAUAAGGGAGGAGGCUGCAUCAGUGGCAGCUGCACUACUUGGAGCAAGAAGAGCAAAGAAGCGCUACAUUGGCGUGCGCCAACGUCCUUCAGGGCGAUGGGUGGCUGAGAUCAAGGACACCAUACAGAAUAUUAGGCUGUGGUUAGGCACCUACGACACUGCUGAAGAUGCUGCUAGAGCUUAUGAUGAGGCUGCUCGCUUGCUUCGCGGCGCUAAUACCCGCACUAAUUUCUUUCCAUCACCAGAUCCUAAUUCUGUUCCAGCUCUUCCUCCAAAGAUCGCGAAGCUCCUCCUUCUUAGGCUCAAAGCUAGAAGCAUUUCCUCUUCUUGCAUGGUUACUACUUUUCCUAGUAACCAUUUUGAGCAAGAAAAAAAGGCCGAACCAGAACCAGAACCAGAGCUAGAACUAGAACCAAAACCAGAACCACUUUUUUCUAAACUAAUAGAAGAACAAACAUACCAAUUAGAAAAUUUUCUAGAUAUUGAGGGAUAUGGGGCUGUUGGAGAGAAUUAUGAUGGUGCUAGUUAUGGUUCUGCUGCCACAACUAGUUGUGACUGUAGUACCAUUACUUGUGACUAUGGUGGAACUAACAAUGUAGCAAAUUUUGACCAAGAGGUUUGCAUGGAAAAUUUCAAGAUGGAGGAUGGUUGUGCUAACAAUGUUGAUGAUGGAAGAAACAACCAAAUUGUUAGGCCUAAAGGAGAAUUUGAAGACUGCAAUGCUGGUUUCAUAGACUUCCACUUUUUGGACACUGUUGGAUCAUUGGUUUGCUCUUCUUCUCCUUUUGAAAUAACUGAGGAAAUGGUAGGGCCAAUGGUGGAAGAGAAUUAUGAUGUGGAUGAUUCACCAUUGCUUAGGAUGAAGUAUGAAAGAAAAUUCUCAGCAUGUCUUUAUACAUUCAUUGGUGUUGGUGAGUGUUUGAGGCUGCAGGAUCGACCUGAAUAG